CCGAGGAGGAAAGAUGGCGGCGGGCUCGGAUCUGCUGGACGAGGUCUUCUUCAACAGCGAGGUGGACGAGAAAGUGGUGAGCGACCUGGUGGGCUCGCUCGAGUCGCAGCUGGCGGCCAGCGCGGCCCACCACCACCACCUCGCGCCGCGCACGCCCGAGGUGCGGGCCGCGGCCGCCGGCGCGCUCGGGAACCAUGUUGUGAGCGGCAGCCCGGCCGGAGCCGCGGGCACUGGCGCGGCCGCCCCCGCCGAGGGCGCGCCCGGAGCGCCGCCGGAGCCGCCCCCCGCAGGUAGAGCGCGGCCGGGGGGCGGGGGGCCGCGGCGCGAGGGCCCCGGCUCACCGCGCCGCCCGCUUGCUCCCGCAGGGCCCGCAGCGGCGCCCGCCGCGAAGCUGAGGCCGCCGCCCGAGGCCAGCGCGGGGCCCUGCGCCCCGGUCCCCGCCGCCGCCGCCGCCGCCAGCGCGGGGCCGGAGCCCGCCGCCGCCGCCGCCGCCGCCGGCCCCGCCAAGCCCGCCGGCCCCGCCGCGCCGGCCGCCCGCACCGGCCCCGGGCCCGCCAAGCCCGCCGGCCCCGCCGCGCAAACUUUGAAUGGGGGCGCCGCGCUCCUGAACUCGCACCACGCCGCACCUGCUGUCAGCCUGGUCAACAACGGGCCCGCGCCGCCGCCGCCCCCCAAGCCCGCGCCCGGCACUGUCAUCCAGACGCCCCCUUUCUUGGGCGCCCCCGCCGCAGCCGCCGCCGCGCCCCCCGCGCCCGCCCCCGCCGCGCCCUCGCCCCCCGCCGGCCCCGCGCCCGCCGCCGCCGCCCCGCCCCCGCCGCCGCCCGCGCCGGCCACCCUGGCCCGGCCGCCCGGCCACCCGGCUGGACCCGCGCCCGCCGCGCCGCCCCCCGCCGCCGCCGCCGCCGCGCAGAACGGGGGCAGCGCCGGGGCCGCCCCCGCCCCGGCCGCCGGGGGCCCCGCGGGGGGCAGCGGCCAGCCCGGGCCCGGCGUGCCCGGCGCGGCGCCCGUGCAGGGGGUCAAGGCCGAGUCGCCCAAGACGGUGGUGGCGGCGGCGACGGCGGCUGCGGCGCCCCCCCCGCAGACCCUGGCGGCCGGCGGCGCGGCCGGCUCCACGGCCGGCAUGAUCCUCGGGCCAACUAUGCAAGGGGCGCUGCCCGGCCCGGCGCCCGGGACCCCCACGGGGCUGCCCAAAGGCGCGGCCGGCGCCGUGCCCCAGAACCUGCCCCGGACGCCCACGGCCCCCGCCGCCGGGAUCCGCGCCGCGCUGACGCCCACCGUGCUGGCCCCGCGCCUGCCGCAGCCGCCUCAGAACCCCACCAACAUUCAGAACUUCCAGCUGCCCCCAGGAAUGGUCCUCGUGCGGAGUGAGAAUGGGCAGCUGUUGAUGAUUCCCCAGCAGGCCUUGGCGCAGAUGCAGGCGCAGGCGCACGCCCAGGCCCAGCCUCAGAGCACCAUGGCGCCACGUCCUGCCACCCCCACAAGUGCCCCUCCUGUCCAGAUCUCCACCGUGCAGGCGCCUGGGACACCCAUCAUUGCACGGCAGGUGACCCCCACGACCAUAAUCAAGCAAGUAUCUCAGGCCCAGACAACGGUACAGCCCACUACAACCCUACAGCGUUCGCCUGGCGUUCAGCCUCAGCUCGUCCUGGGGGGUGCUACGCAGACGGCUGCCCUCGGGACGGCGUCUGCAGUUCCGGCAGGAGCUCCUCAGAGGACAGUGCCAGGGGCCAGCGCCACCACCACAGCUGCCACGGAGACCAUGGAAAACGUGAAGAAAUGCAAAAACUUUCUGUCUACAUUAAUAAAGCUGGCUUCGUCUGGUAAGCAGUCCACAGAGACGGCAGCGAACGUGAAGGAGCUGGUGCAGAGUUUACUGGAUGGAAAAAUCGAAGCUGAAGAUUUCACUAGCAGGUUAUACCGAGAACUUAACUCUUCACCUCAACCUUACCUUGUGCCUUUCCUGAAGAGGAGCCUGCCUGCAUUAAGACAGCUGACCCCCGACUCGGCGGCCUUCAUCCAGCAGAGCCAGCAGCAGCCGUCGCCCGCCUCACAGGCCACCACCGCGCUCACGGCCGUGGUCCUGAGCAGCUCGGGGCAGCGCCCGGCGGGGAAGACCGCGGCCACCGUGACCAACGCCCUGCAGCCCCCCGUCAUCAGCCUUGCCCAGCCCACGCAGGUCGGCGUGGGCAAGCAGGCGCAGCCCGCCCCGCUGGUCAUCCAGCAACCCUCGAAGCCAGGAGCCCUGAUCCGGCCCCCACAGGUGACGCUGACACAGACGCCCAUGGUCGCCCUGCGGCAGCCUCACAGCCGCAUCAUGCUGACCGCCCCGCAGCAGGUCCAGCUGAGCCAGCUGCAGCCAGUCCCCGUGGUCAAGCCCGCUGUGUUACCUGGAACCAAAGCCCUGUCUACCGUGUCAGCCCAGGCGGCCGCUGCGCAGAAGCACAAGCUGAAGGAGCCUGGGGGCGGGUCCUUCCGGGACGACGACGACAUUAAUGAUGUG